GGCGCUGGAUUUUUCCAGAGGCAACCAUGACUAAGCAGCCUGCCACCAAGCUCCCAAGUCAACAGGACAACACGCAAUAUCUCAGUUGUCUUCCGCCGGCUUCUUCUGUCUGUUUUUCUGUUCUUCCGUUCUGGCCACCAUUUUGUCGUUGACCUCAGCUCCGGAUUUCUCAUAUAAUAUUCCACAAAACAAAUAGACCUGCCUGUGUGUGUGUUGUUGUUCUGUUGCCUUUCUGACUUGGUGUUGUCCGUGCGGGUGCCUGGAUCGUCGUAUCUUUCUUCCGAGUUCCUCAUAGCUCCAGCCGCAUUACUUCACCUCGCUCAUCUCUUCUCAUCAUCUGCUCCUCCUCAACCACCACCCUCUUCCUCUCCAACACCCCCCAGAACAGCAUAUAGAUACCUCUUCACAGCAACCUCCUAUCUCUUCUCCGUUAUUAUCUACCUACUCUCUCCCGUAAUCUUCUUUCCACUAGCCUUCUUUCAUCCGCGUUCUUUAUUUUCUAUCGUUCCAACAUGUCUGCAGAGCCGGAUCACGCUAAACACCACAAGGUCAACCUGACCGAUCCUUCAGGUGCUGAAAAACAUGAGGAGCUUGACACAGCUACAGCCAUUCUGAAAAAGAAAAAGAAGCCAAACACCUUAAUUGUCACUGAUGCUGUUAACGAUGACAACUCCAUCAUUGCCCUUUCCAACAACACCAUGGAGACGCUCCAGCUGUUCCGUGGCGACACUGUGCUAGUCAAGGGCAAAAUGCGAAGAGAUACUGUCCUGAUUGUCUUGGCUGAUGACGAUCUGGAUGAUGGGAGCGCUCGCAUAAACCGUGUCGUCAGACAUAACCUACGGGUUAAGCACGGCGAUGUCAUCACCGUCCACCCAUGCCCGGAUAUCAAAUACGCCAAACGGAUUGCCGUCUUGCCCAUUGCAGAUACCGUUGAAGGCCUAACCGGUUCCCUCUUCGACGUUUUCCUUGCUCCAUAUUUCCGCGAAGCCUAUCGACCUGUUCGACAAGGUGACCUUUUCACUGUAAGAGCUAGUAUGCGUCAGGUAGAAUUCAAGGUCGUCGAAGUGGAUCCCCCGGAGUACGGCAUUGUGGCCCAAGACACAGUCAUCCACUGCGAGGGUGAGCCCAUCCAGCGUGAGGACGAGGAGGGUAGUCUGAACGACGUUGGCUACGACGAUAUUGGGGGCUGCCGGAAACAAAUGGCUCAGAUCCGUGAGUUGGUUGAGCUGCCUCUCCGCCACCCUCAACUCUUCAAAUCUAUCGGAAUCAAACCCCCUCGUGGUAUUCUCAUGUUUGGUCCACCUGGUACGGGUAAGACCCUGAUGGCUCGUGCUGUCGCCAACGAAACUGGUGCUUUCUUCUUCCUCAUCAAUGGUCCCGAAAUCAUGUCCAAGAUGGCUGGUGAAUCGGAAUCGAACCUGCGAAAAGCAUUCGAAGAAGCUGAAAAGAACUCUCCCGCAAUUAUCUUCAUUGAUGAAAUCGAUUCCAUUGCACCAAAGCGUGACAAGACCAACGGAGAGGUCGAGCGUCGUGUUGUCUCACAGCUACUCACUUUGAUGGAUGGCAUGAAGGCGCGCUCGAAUGUCGUUGUCAUGGCUGCUACCAACCGCCCCAACUCCGUAGAUCCCGCUCUGCGUCGUUUCGGUCGUUUCGAUCGUGAGGUUGAUAUUGGCAUCCCGGACCCCACUGGCCGUCUUGAGAUUCUCCAGAUUCACACCAAGAACAUGAAGCUCGGUGAUGACGUGGAUUUGGAGUCUAUUGCUGCAGAAACCCAUGGUUAUGUCGGCUCAGAUAUCGCAUCUCUUUGCUCAGAAGCGGCCAUGCAACAGAUUCGUGAGAAGAUGGAUCUUAUUGAUCUGGACGAAGACACCAUCGACGCAGAGGUUCUGGACUCACUAGGAGUAACCAUGGAAAACUUCCGCUUUGCCCUUGGUGUCUCCAACCCAUCCGCUCUUCGCGAAGUUGCUGUUGUCGAAGUCCCCAACGUCCGCUGGGAAGAUAUCGGAGGUCUGCACGAGGUCAAGCGCGAACUCAUCGAGAGCGUCCAAUACCCCGUCGACCAUCCAGAAAAAUUCCUCAAGUUCGGUCUUUCACCAUCCAAGGGUGUUUUGUUCUAUGGUCCUCCUGGAACUGGUAAGACAUUGCUUGCGAAGGCUGUUGCCAACGAGUGUGCGGCCAAUUUCAUCUCUGUCAAGGGCCCCGAACUGUUGAGUAUGUGGUUCGGUGAGUCUGAGAGCAACAUCCGUGACAUCUUCGACAAAGCCCGCGCUGCCGCCCCCUGCGUUGUCUUCUUGGAUGAGUUGGAUUCUAUUGCCAAGUCUCGAGGUGGAUCUGUUGGUGAUGCUGGUGGUGCUUCUGACCGCGUUGUCAAUCAGCUUUUGACAGAAAUGGACGGCAUGACUUCGAAGAAGAACGUCUUCGUCAUCGGCGCAACUAACCGUCCUGAGCAGCUCGACAACGCCCUCUGCCGCCCAGGCCGUCUCGACACAUUAGUCUACGUCCCCCUCCCCAACGAGGAAGAGCGCAUUGACAUCCUCAAGGCCCAACUCCGCAAGACCCCAGUCGCUGCUGACGUCGACCUCAAGUUCAUCGCUAGCAAAACUCACGGCUUCUCCGGCGCCGACUUGGGCUUCGUCACCCAGCGCGCCGUCAAGCUGGCUAUCAAGCAGUCCAUCGCGAUCGAUAUCGAACGAACCAAGGAGCGUGAGGCAGCUGGUGAAGACGUGAAGAUGGAUGAGGACAUUGAUGCCGAUGACCCCGUUCCAGAACUUACCCGCGCGCACUUCGAGGAGGCCAUGCAGAUGGCGCGACGAUCUGUAAGUGACGUGGAGAUUCGGCGGUAUGAGGCGUUUGCGCAGAGCAUGAAGAACUCCAGCGGAAGCAACUUCUUCCGUUUCCCGAGUGCGGAGGAAGCGGAGUCUGCAGCAGGUGGUCAGAGCGGGUUUGGCGAUGCGGGCAACGAUGACAGCCUCUAUGACUAACUCAAUAGGGAAAGAAAGGGAUUGAGUCUGGUUUUCUUUCGUUUUUCUUGUUUCCCUUUUUUGUUGUCAGUUAGUUAGACUUGGCUUGCCUGCUUGCUCUUACGCCCCUCUCUAAAUUACGUUUGUGUACUCACCGAUCCCCAUAUUUGACAGUUUCUUUGUUUCCUUUUGUGGCCUAUUUUCUGUUCUUUGCUACAGCAACAAAAAGAAUAUUAUCGUGGGACAUCAUAGUUUAGUAUUCUUUUACUUUUUAAAUUGUUUCUUUUGUUUUGUUGAACACUUUGUUAAAUUUAAAGAUAAAGUGAUGCGUGAUGGAUGGAUGGAUGAUGGAUGGAUGAAUGGGUGAAUGGGUGAAUGGGUGGGAUGACAUGAAAUGAAAUGAAAUGAAUUAAAUCAAUUAUUGGCUUAUUUUUUUCUAUUUUUCUAUUUUUUCUAUCUGUAGUUCUACGUUAGUGUUAUCCUUUACAUUCGUUUUGUUUAAAACAUUUCAAAAAUUCUAACUACUGCGCAUAGCUUUUGAAAUUGGUAUAAUAAUUAAUGCUCAUUGGCAUUCUUCCCAUCUGUAGCGAAAUCUCUCACCCAUGCAUAUUUACAUAUCUUCUUCUGCUGGUUUUUCUGCUGUGCGAUGGAUAGCGGGCUAUGGAUGGCAUUAGACGUUAUAUGCGCGGAUAUGUAAAUAUAAUAACAGAACAAGGUGGAGUUGAUCGGGGGGCGGGGGGAAGGGCGCUUGGGUGGGGAUGUAAAUAUCGUAGGUGAUUUUGUAGACUUG